AUGGCGACGGGUUUGUCGGAGCACCAUAACAUGGUGUGGGAAGUGAAGACAAAUCAGAUGCCUAAUGCAGUACAGAAACUCCUGUUGGUAAUGGAUAAGAGAGCUUCAGGAAUGAAUGACUCAUUGGAGUUGCUGCAGUGUAAAGAAAACUUGCCAUCCUCACCCGGCUAUAACUCCUGUGAUGAGCACAUGGAGCUUGAUGACCUUCCUGAACUUCAGGCUGUUCAAAGUGAUCCUACCCAAUCUGCCAUAUACCAGCUAAAUUCAGAUGUUUCACAUCAAGAAUAUCCAAGACCAUCUUGGAACCAAAAUACCUCAGACAUAUCAGAAAGUACUUAUCGUGAAAAUGAGGUGGAUUGGCUAACAGAAUUAGCAAAUAUUGCCACCAGUCCACAAAGUCCACUUAUGCAGUGCUCAUUUUACAACAGAUCAUCUCCUGUACACAUCAUAGCUACUAGCAAAAGUUUACAUUCCUAUGCACGCCCUCCACCAGUGUCCUCCUCUUCGAAGAGUGAGCCAGCCUUCCCUCACCACUGGAAGGAGGAAACACCUGUCAGACAUGAAAGGGCAAAUAGUGAGUCAGAAUCUGGCAUUUUCUGCAUGUCCUCCCUCUCAGAUGAUGAUGAUUUGGGAUGGUGCAAUUCCUGGCCUUCAACUGCUUGGCACUGUUUUUUGAAAGGCACACGACUAUGCUUUCAUAAGGGAAGCAAUAAGGAGUGGCAGGAUGUUGAAGAUUUUGCUAGAGCUGAAGGCUGUGAUAAUGAGGAAGAUCUCCAAAUGGGCACUCACAAGGGCUAUGGUUCCGAUGGUCUGAAGUUGUUAUCACAUGAAGAAAGUGUAUCAUUUGGCGAAUCUGUCCUGAAGUUAACUUUUGAUCCUGGUACAGUAGAAGAUGGUUUGCUGACUGUAGAGUGUAAGCUGGACCACCCUUUCUAUGUUAAAAAUAAAGGUUGGUCAUCGUUUUAUCCAAGUUUGACUGUGGUACAGCAUGGCAUUCCAUGUUGUGAAAUUCAUAUUGGUGAUGUAUGUCUACCUCCUGGACACCCCGAUGCCAUUAAUUUUGAUGAUUCAGGUGUUUUUGAUACAUUUAAAAGCUAUGACUUCACACCUAUGGAUUCUUCCGCGGUCUAUGUGCUAAGUAGCAUGGCUCGUCAGCGUCGUGCAUCUCUGUCAUGUGGAGGACCUGGAGGUCAAGACUUCGCAAGAUCUGGAUUCAGUAAAAACUGUGGCUCCCCUGGAUCAUCACAGCUCUCUUCCAGUUCUUUGUAUGCUAAAGCUGUCAAAAACCACAGCUCAGGGACUGUGAGUGCCACUUCUCCUAACAAGUGCAAAAGACCAAUGAAUGCCUUCAUGCUUUUUGCCAAAAAAUACAGAGUUGAAUAUACUCAGAUGUAUCCAGGGAAAGACAACAGAGCCAUAAGUGUGAUCCUUGGUGACAGGUGGAAGAAAAUGAAGAAUGAAGAGAGAAGGAUGUAUACAUUAGAAGCAAAGGCUUUGGCUGAAGAACAAAAACGUUUAAAUCCUGACUGUUGGAAAAGGAAAAGAACCAAUUCAGGCUCACAGCAACAUUAA